AGCAGCAGCACCACCAGCAGCAGCAGCAGCACAGAGCCAGCCAGCAGCCUCCGGAGGUCCUUAAACCCUGCGCUUGUCCUUCUUGCUGUCUUUUUAACAGGGGCUUGAAGGGGAAAGCAGCAAAAUCACAUCGAGACAGCCAGCUCAGCUCAGCUCAGCUCAGCUCUGCUCAGCUCAGCUCUGCUCUCAUCUGGCGUGUUCGCUUCAGGAGCAACGAGGGCGGGCGGGCGGGCAAGCGGGCGCGCUUAUCUCUGUGUGUACGUGCGUGCGUGCCAGAAAACCAGCGCAUUUGGAGGAUGUCAGCCAGAGGGGGGAAAAAGAAGGUGACCAAGCUGUCCCGCUCAGCCCGGGCAGGGGUCAUCUUCCCCGUCGGCCGAAUGAUGAGGUAUCUGCGCGCUGGCACACACAAAUAUCGCAUUGGCAUGGGGGCGCCAGUCUACAUGGCAGCAGUCAUCGAAUAUUUGGCAGCGGAGAUUUUGGAGUUGGCCGGAAAUGCCGCAAGGGACAACAAAAAAGGCAGAAUCACGCCAAGACAUAUUAAGUUGGCCGUGGCCAACGACGAGGAGCUUAACCAGCUUCUUCGUGGCGUGACCAUAUCGAACGGAGGAGUUCUGCCUCGCAUUCACCCGGAGCUUCUCUCCAAGAAGCGAGGAAGCCGAGUCAAAGCCGACAGCCAGGCCGAGAAGCAGGAAUCGGCCCGCGCCAAAAGCCCCAAAGCCGGCAAAGCCUCGAAAAAGGUUAAAGGCAAACGAGGGCGAAAAGCAAAGAGCACAGACAACGACAAAGAAUCCGUAGCCAACUCCACGGUGGAAGAUGGCCCAGGAGAUGGCUUUACCAUCCUCUCAGCCAAGAGCCUGUUGCUUGGUCAAAAGCUGUCUCUCACAGUGACUGAAAUGGGCAAAAUCGGAACCAUCAAGGUGGAUGCUAUCAUUAACCCGACAAAUGCAGAGAUGGACCUCAAAGACGGUGUAGGCAAUGCUUUGGAGAAGGCAGGAGGUCAAGAAUUCCUGGAGGGAGUCAAGGAGUUACGGAAAGCACAGGGACCUUUGGAGGUGGCGUCAGUGGCAGUGAGCCAGGCCAGUGGAAUGAGCGCCCGCGUCGUCAUUCACUGCAAUGUUCCUCAGUGGGGUUCAGACAAGUGUGAAGAACAUCUAGAAAAGACGGUGGAGAACUGCCUCUCGGCCGCAGAGGAGAAGAAAUUCAAGUCUUUGGCUUUCCCCUCACUCCCUGCUGGACGGAAUGGAUUCCCGAAGCCAACGGCUGCCCAGCUCAUACUCAAGGCCAUCUCCAACCACUUCUUGUCAUCCACCAACUCCUCUUUGAAAAAUAUAUACUUUGUGGUGUUUGACAGCGAGAGCAUCGGAAUAUACCUUCAGGAAAUGGCCAAGUUGGACUCCAAGUGAGAGGACUCGUGAGGAUUUUUCUCGCUGGCUGCUGCCAAUGAAAAGUCAAUCCUUGUUUUAUCUUUCUUUGCAUCCUUUCCCUACCUUAAGUUCAUCAUUCAAAUGUA